UAAGUAGGUAUUAGGGAAUCGCCCAGUAGAUAAGAAAUAAUCGGAUUGAGUGGACGUAGUAUAUAAAACAAUUAACUACAAACUUGAAAUGAUUAAUGACAAACUAAACAAACUUCAUGGCUACCCGGGCACUCCUUCUUCUAAUUGCGACUGCAUCAGCAGUGGCGGCGUCCAACCGGAUCGUCGGUGGAGCGGACGCCAGCAUCGAGAAAUAUCCAGCCAUAGUGGCGAUCGAGUACCUCGACGUCGAGACCACUAUUUGGAGUCAAGCUUGCGGCGGAAACAUCCUCAGCCCGACUUAUGUUCUGACAGCCGCUCACUGCGUUGUCGAAUCUCCGAUGCGUAUCCGCGCUGGAUCCUCCUACCGCGAAUCCGGAGGAACUGUCAUCAACGUCAAAUCUUCCCUCGUCCACCCUGACUAUAACAAACUCGUCUUCCUCGACGCUGACAUCGCUUUGCUGAAGCUCGAGAAAGCCCUGGUCUAUGGACCAGGCAUCCAGCAGGCAGCCAUCUACGCUCAGGGUACUGAGGUUCCGGACAACUCUGCAGUGGUGCACGCUGGUUGGGGAUUCAUUGAAGACGAAGACGAUGGUGAUCCAUCACCAAUCCUGCAAGACGUGACCAUCUACACUGUGAACUACGAUGAGUGUGCUCGUCUGUACAGCACCCAAGAGCUCACAGAAAACAUGAUUUGUUCCGGAUUCCUCGGCACUGGCGGCAAAGGCCCAUGUGACCAAGACUCUGGUGGGCCGAUGUAUUACAAUAAUGUACUUGUGGGCCUCGUGUCUUGGCAUUAUGGCUGUGCUAGUGCAGAAUACCCGUCAAUUAAUGCCAAAGUGUCUGCGUUCACGGACUGGAUCGUGGCUAAUGCGGUGUAAGUUUUGGUAUUUACAGUUUAUUAAAUGGAUUGCAUUUAUUACAUUA